AUGAACGGUUUGUGUUGGGAAGAUGAAGAACGUAUGCGAAAGCUGAAACAAGCCUUGUCUACAGUAAACGAUGUUGCAUCUGUUGACUCGGAUGCGCUGAAGAAUGAAAGUGAUACUUGCUCGGAAGGACGUACAAGUUGUUCCACUAGCCAUGACGAUAUCUGGGAUGACGAUGAUGUAUCGACGAUUGGAACCCCAAACUGCAGUAGAAGUCCUUCGCCCGUUUCUAAGAAAGAGGCAUCUUUGCAGCUUGCAUUGGACGUAUAUCAGGCCAAUUGGACGGAAAAAAUGAAUGAAGACGAGAAGACGCAAGUGAAUCAACAACCGCUAGUAGACGGAUCACCAACGAAUAGCAGGAUGAAGGACCAGGAGAAUUAUAUGAAGACAUUACAAACCACAACACUUCGACUUCGUCGAGUGAUGCCUAUUGUCGUACCUGCUGAAUUCUUGCCACCUAGCGAAUACGAUAUGCGGAGUACUAACGGUCUCAUGAAACUGGUCAAUUCAAUUGCUCCAUUGCCCACCUCCAAUGAGUUGUUAGUCAAACACUUGGUCAUUCAUGAAUUGCAACGGAUUGUGGAUCUCUGGCUACGUCGCACUCUUGACAAGAUGAAUGGGGUGGUAGAUCACGGAAAUCAAUCGACGACUACAGCUACUUUGUUACUGGGAGGUAGCUGGCAUCUUCAAGUUGGGACGGCCGAGUCAGAUCUAGAUGUUGUGGCACUCAUGCCACACGAUGUGACAGCUGAUGUUUUCUUUAGUUCGUUGUGUGAACACCUUAGUCGAGAAGCGUCCGUGUCAAAGCUCGUAGCACGACGGAAGGCUGCCGUCCCCGUGCUAUCGUUUCAGCUCAGCACAGUGCGUAUUGAUUUAUUGUUUGCCCGGUAUGCCCAGAAGCAAGUGGUGCCCAAGCACCUGCCGUUCGUGCCUGGAGAUGACAUAGAGGUGAUGCGUGGUAUGGACACGACAUCAGUGCGAUCGCUGUCUGUUGCUCGGGUGGCUUCUCUCAUUCUAGAGCUCGUGCCGAAUGACAGCGUGUUUAGGUCGUGCCUGCGAGUGAUUCGACAGUGGGCCAAACUUCGUGGCUUGUAUUCGAACAAGGCUGGCUUUCUAGGUGGCAUUUCAUGGGCUUUACUCGUGUGCUUUGUGUGUCAAAUGUUUCCACGUGCCAGUGUGGCUGUGCUCGUACAUCGUUUCUUCUCAGUGAUGGCGUCGUGGCGCUGGCCAACACCCAUUCUCGUAGCACACCCGUCGAGCUUUUUUGGUGCAGACAAUGUUCAAUGGGACCCCCGAAACAACAUUCAUGACCGAGCACAUCUUAUGCCAAUCAUUACUCCGGGCUUUCCUGCCGUCAACACUGCUGUGAACGUAAAUUUGUCGACGCUACGCGUAAUGCGGGAAGAGUUUGCGCGUGGGCAACGCGUUCUGAAUGACUUAUGCCGUCACAAUCUUGGCUAUCCGUCAUCAUGGAGCCAGCUUUUCGUUCCGACUGAAGUGCUAUUACGAUACGAUCACCACGUUGCGAUUGAGCUACGAUCACCAGACGAGGAAUCCUUGGCUGAAUGGUCUAGUUUUGUUGCCAGUCGUACUCGCAAAUUAGUGGAGACGUUGCAUCAUACGCCUUCGAUUGCUUCACUCCAUCCAUUGCCGGAACUCGUGCGUCCGCAGAGUCUUGAGCCACACGAGAGUGGAUCGGUGAUCGGCUACUACUUUAUUGGAUACACAAUCAAUACGCCAUCGGUACGACAAGGCCGGCGUGGAAAUUGCAUUAAAUUUGCACAACCGACUUCCUCCACUAGUUCUAGUAAUGAGAAGCUUGCAAAGAGUUGUGUAGCGUCGGCGACGCGAUAUUUUCUCGCGACGGAACUCAACACGGCCAUCGAGAAGAAACCUGGCAUGGAAGUGAACAUCUCGUACCGUUCCUGGAAUGACCUGCCCGAUACUAUUUUUCCAAAGGGACGUACCGCUGCUGCUGGUGAUCGUGCUCGAUAUAUUCUCAGUCAAGCACAUCAGGUGAAUCUCGCCUUGGGCUUUGCUCGAUGA